AUGCUGCCUCACGCCGCCGCCGCGCAGCCUGAGCCGCUCAUCGCCAGUCCCGAGCACGAGCUCGACUUUACCGCCAGCCACGACAAACCGGACUGGGUUCGCCAGACCGAGCACUCCUUGGGUGGCCUUGCGUGGCAUGUGCAGCACGCCGAGAAGCCGUCCACCCGCCCGCCGUCGAUGCCGCUCCCGGCCUCGCCUCCCCGACUCGGCGCCGCGCCAAGCGGCAUGGCCUCAGCGCCCGCGCUGCCGACCGCGCCACCGCCGCGUUCGCCACACGCCAUCAAGCGCAUUACCAUCCACCCGGACGACGUAGAGACCGAGGACAUCGCUAACUCGAUCGAGGCCAAGCCGCUGCUGCUCAAGUCACUUGUCUCAACCUCGCGCGACCACAAGAGCCUCCCGGCACUCGACACCAACAUCGAGUCGGUUGCCAAGCUCGACGACCUUGCCAUCCGCUACGGCGAGGUCGUUGCCGUCCAGCCGCACAACGUCGUUGCGCUCAACAACCUCGCCGCCGCCCUCGGCUACAAAGCUUUUAUGGUUAAGCGGCUCCGCGCCUCGCACCGCGAGGCCGACGUGGCAUCGGUCGACCUGCCCGGCCUUGUCGCCACCGCCACCGCCACCAUCGAGCGCUCGCUUGCAGAGCUUCGCGAGGCAAGCAAGCCGGUCCCGGUCGACAUGAUCAUCAAUCAUGGCUUUCUCCACUACAUGGCGUCGACGAUGGCGUCGAGUCAGCUCGACGUCGCCCGCCACCUCGACACCGCAGAGGCCUCGUUCGAGAGCAUCAUCGACCACGACCGCGCCUGCUUUGGCACCCGCUUUGUCUACGGUCGCGUCCUCUUUGCCAAGGCCUCCAAGGCCAAGCCCGGCGUCCAGCGUGUCAACGCUCUUGCCAUCGUCCUCAAGUACUUUGUCUCCAUCGCGCCGAGCACUCCGCUCCACCUCGGCGUCUUCCGCGAGUGGCUCGAUCUCGCCCCGGCUCUCGCCGCCGCCAUCGGCCGCGGCGCCGCCGCGCGCGAGCUCCUCGAGACCAUGCUGGACUCGGUCUCGCGCGUCCUUGCCGCCUUUCAGUUUUGCACGCACGAGAAAGCCUUCUGGAUGCUCGGCAAGUUUUACUCGAUGCGCGCCGUUCUCGCCCUCGACGCCAAGAACAAGCACAAGUGGAAGUGCCUCAAGGAAGAGUCGCGAACUGUCGCCUCGGUCCUUCCGCAGUUUAUCGGCAACGCCCGCUACAUUGGCUUUCUUUACAAGCGCGGCGGCGUCCGCAAGAACUUUAAGAAGCGCAUGUUUGUUCUUAUCGUGCCCACAGACUCGACGCCCAUCUCGCACAUCAAGCUCUCGUACUACGAGCCAGUCACAAGUGUGACCAAGCCCAAGGGCGUCAUCCCCAUGGCCGAGGCCUCCGAAGUCGCCCCGACCUCGGACGCCUCGCUCGAGGGCAAGCUCGGCGUCGCGCGCGGCUCGUGCUUCACGCUCGUCACGGUCAGCAGGACCUACACUCUCGUCGCGCCCACCCCCGACAUGGCCGCCCAGUGGGUCGCCGUCCUCCAGUCCGUCAUCGACCAAGACUACGCCUCGUACUCGCCGCCCAAGGUCUCAACCGCCGAAACUCCGUCGGUCUUCCACAUCCUCGAGCCCGACGUUGAGCCCGCAACGAUGACCGCGUCGAGCUCUCCGCCUGAAGCUGCGGCUGCAGUUGCGGCUGUACCCGCGCCUGCCGGGCCGUCCUCUCAAGCCUAA